GGCGCUAGUUGUCACAAACAGGAAGUUUACAUACUUCAACAGAUGCCAAGUGAUUUCUGCUUCACUUUGUUUACAUCUCGAUCCUUUUGUCUCUCCGUUCCUCUCUUGUUUACAUAACAAGCGACAUUGUUCUUUGUUGAAGGCACUCAUUAAAGAAUGACUGCUUACAGGAAACUAAAUUCCUCCGUUAAACCCAACCGACGUUAUGGCUUUAAAAGACGCUGUCUCUCCCUUUUUGGCCGAUUCAUAUUUCUGUCGGUCAUCGCAAUAACGUUGUUGCUGACCAUCGGCCUUCUCUACAUCUACGCCACAUAUCCACCUCACGCUUCUUGCACAAUCAAAUGGACUUUUGACAGCAAUUGUACCUACAUCAACUACAAGAUAGCAAACCAGAUCAUAUCUUGGAACGAUGCAGACUGCGGAACUGGAAUGAAAUGUCUGUACUCCCUCUCGUCUCAUAACGCCAGUCUCAUCUUAGGUUCCCAUAAAACACCAAAAUGGCAUUUUACUGAUUCUUUCUAUUUUGCCUUUGCUCCUGACAACUCAACAUGUUACGUGGAGGGAGUUUCAUCCUCUGAUUCUUGGUUUGCUCUGCUGGAUUUUGGCGUCAACUACUGUAAUCUCCAUAAUGUGAUAACAGGGAGUGGCAUUGACACUUUAGAUGGUUACACAGAAUUCACCGAGAACAGUGUCUGCACGUUGUAUACUUCCAGAAAUUGCGAUAAAUAUUGAUGUUCUAGUAACCAGUGGUGUUUCUAUGAAUGUGUUUAAACACUCACUCACACCUAUAUAUAUGUGUGUGUGUGCAUAUCUAUAAUAUACAUAAUGUGAGUUUAAUAAAUGUAUACAUACAUAUAUAUAUAUGUAUGUGUAUAUAUGCUUUUUUUCUAUGAGUUUUUUUACAAAGAAUCCUGUAUGUACGUCGAAAAGAAAAGCAAUAAAGUAUUUGUAUGUUAUUUUAUAAA